AUGCAGGCUUGGCUUACUGAGAAAGGCAUCCAGUACGAAGCGGCAUAUCUAAAACCCCAAUUAUACAACCUAAACCCAAUCGAAAUGACAUGGUCCACCAUCAAGCAAUAUGUUGCAAGCAAAAACGUUACUGGGAACCUAAAUAAAUGUACAGAGCUUAUAAAAGAAAAAAAUGUUCAAAUGAGUGAACGAGAGUGGCAAAUUUUAUGCGGAAAAGUUAAAGAUGUAGAAAAAGAAUACGCCGACUGCGACCAUGUCGUAGACAUGGUGACGGAAGAAUUUGUUAUCCAUGUCGGAGAAGAGAGCUCGGAAGAUGACUCUGAUGGUGCCGAUGGCAGCAUUGAUGUGUGUAGCAGUCCUGAGCUUGGACCUUCAACAAGCAAACGAUGUUGUUUAAUAGGUGUAUAUCCAUUAUCGGAAUCUGAUUAG